UGACAAAGUCUCCUUUUCCUUUACAUUUUACCAUCUCUCUCAUCUUACACUGUUCAUUAACCUCUUAAUUAAAUUUUCCUCACCCAACAAAUCUGCAACCACAUAGGCCCCACCAAUUUUCUUUUUUAAUUUCCUCAAUUUUAUUCAUUCCUAGCGCACACUCUCUCUCUCAUGCAGCUUUGUAAUGAAAGCAGUGCAUGAGGGUUAGAUUGAUUCUUGAAGAUUGAUCUUUAUUAUCAAACCCAUCAAAAUUUCAUGUAAAGUUUUUAGCUUUGGGUUUAUCAAGAUCUGUUUAUGACUCAACCCACCAGCAUAAACAACAUGAAUAGAGGUACAGUUUGAUUCAGAGGUGAGAUGGACAUGGCAUCUAUAAAAUGUCUGAUCAAUAGCAUAUCUCGAUUUGUUCAUCUAGUUUCAAGCCAGAGAUCAAAAUCUAUGCCUAUUCAGAAGGACUACAGAACCAUAGUUGAUGUACUGAAGCUUUUGAAGCCAUUGCUUGAUGAAGUAGUUGACUACAAAAUACCUUCAGAUGAAAUUCUAUAUAAAGAGUGUGAAGAAUUGGAUAUGGCUGUCAAUGGAGCUAGGGAAUUCAUGGAAAACUGGUCUCCAAAGUUGAGCAAGAUUUUAAGUGCUUGGCGGGGUGAGCCAUUGUUGAUAACAAUCCAAAGCUCUUCACUCAAGAUUUGCAGCAUAUUAAGUAGAUUGCUGCAGUCAUCUUCGUCUGGUUCAAGUUUAAUUGGUCUUCAGCAUUGUAUGCAGGAAAUUCGAUGUUUGAAGCAGGAAAGAGUAACAGAAUACUUAGAAGAGGCUCUGAAAAGUCAAAGAAAAGAUACCAUGCCUUCCACCAAACAUCUUAUGAAAAUUAUUGAAUUGCUUAGUUUGUCUUCAAACCAAGAACUGCUGAAAGAAAGCAUUGCUGUAGAAAAGGAAAGAAUGAAUGUCGAAGUUAGUGAUGUUAGAGGGGAACUAGAUCAAAUCAACCAAAUUGUGAUACUUGUCUCCCACAUUCGUGAAUUCAUGGUCAAAAUUGAGCACCUUGAAACCGCAUCCGGCAUCCCAAUCCCUUCAUACUUCCGCUGCCCUUUGUCUUCAGAACUAAUGUUGGACCCUGUAAUUGUAGCUUCAGGUCAAACCUUUGAGAGAUCUUCCAUCCAAAAGUGGCUGGAUCAUGGGCUCACUAUUUGCCCAAAGACCCGGCAUAGGCUGUCUCAUAUAAAUCUCAUUACCAAUUAUACUGUCAAAGCUAUGAUAGAAAGUUGGUGUCAGGAAAAUGAUAUAAAACUUCCAACAAACUCUGACGGCUCUAAUGCUAUCUCAGUCCCGUCUCCAUCAGAUCGAGUAUCUCCCGAAGGUUCAAUUCACACAGAUAGCAAUUCGACAUCAAGGUCAUCCCUUGAAGUUGGAAGUGUAUUUGAGAAGCAAAUGAAAGCUGUCUCUACUAGAUUAAGUGGAGAAAAGUCCAAUGGAUGCCAUAGCAGCGAGAAAGACCACUCAUCACCAAAACAGUCAUGUACUCAUAGCAGGAGCGAAUCAGCCACAAGUGCUGUCUCCAGUAAUGAUUAUGCGCCUCCUGCAUUCAUUAAAGUGUCGGGGAUAUCUAAUAAGCAUGAAAAUGUCAAUGAGUUGUCUGGAGAAAUCACAUCUGAGCAUCCAGUUGCUUCUACUCCAAAUAAAGAAUCAGCAAUGCCGUCCAGAUUAUCAGGAAAACAUUCUCUCAUUUCCAAAAUAAAAGCAGAAGGGACAUGGACUGACAGCCCUAUUUAUCCCGACAGACACCAACUGCUUCCAUUUUCUAGUUCAGGAUCGGACGAGUUGACGACAUCAUCCCAUGUCACGAAAUUAAUUGAAGACCUCAAGAGCCAAUCCAUCGAAGUGCAAACAUUGGCUGCAGAAGAGUUGCGGCUUCUUGCAAAGCACAAUAUGAAUAAUCGAACUAUUAUAGGCCAAUGCGGUGCUAUCACACCAUUAGUUUCACUGCUAUAUUCAGGAGUGAUGCUAACACAAGAGCAUGCUGUGACAGCUCUUUUGAAUUUAUCAAUUAAUGAAGACAAUAAGGCAAUGAUUGCAGAAGCAGGGGCAAUCGAUCCCCUAAUCCAUGUUCUGAAAAUGGGAAAUGACGGAGCCAAAGAAAAUUCUGCUGCAGCUUUAUUCAGCCUCUCUGUAUUGGAUGAAUACAAGGCAAAAAUUGGUCGUUCUGGUGCUGUUAAGGCCUUGGUUGAUCUUCUAGGCUCAGGGACUCUUAGAGGGAAGAAAGAUGCUGCUACUGCAUUGUUUAAUCUAUCAAUUUAUCACGAAAAUAAGGCUCGCCUAGUUCAAGCUGGGGCUGUGAAAUAUCUUAUUGAGUUGAUGGACCCUGAUACUGGAAUGGUUGACAAGGCCGUUGCUCUUCUGGCAAACUUGUCCACCAUUGGAGAGGGGCGCGUGGCAAUUGCACGGGAAGGGGGCAUUCCGUUACUAGUUGAGAUUGUUGAAACAGGUUCCCAGAGGGGAAAGGAAAAUGCUGCCUCCAUACUGUUGCAAUUGUGCCUUCAUAGUCCAAAGUUUUGUACCCUGGUUCUUCAGGAAGGAGCUGUCCCUCCCCUGGUUGCCUUAUCUCAGUCUGGCACACCAAGAGCAAAGGAAAAGGCACAGCAGCUUCUCAGCCACUUCCGGAAUCAGCGAGAAGGGGCAAUGGGGAAGGGAAAAUAAAGACAAUUUUGUUGAUCUGUUGCUGAUUUUGCAUUUGAGAUUCUCCUCCGUGAUAUUUUCUCCCCUUCAAGAUAUUCCAUUAGGUCUCUUUUUUUUAAAUAUUCUUUAAUUUAUUCUAGCUUCAGAGAAGUCUAAAUAUUUUUUUUCCGUUUUUUUGAUGGGUGAUCAUGGAAACAUUGCGAAGUACACGAAAUGGGACUGAAUCAGAAGCCUAGGAUGUCUAAACUUUUCUUUCCGUGAGUAUUCUUUUUACUUUUUCCUCCCUCCUGUAGAGCUUGGGAAAAGGGAGUUUAUGUGCUGGGUAGGCUACUUUGCUCUUAGUUUCCCUGAAAACAUAGCUUGGUUGAGUUUUAGAAGCGUGCAGUGACUCAAGUUUUUUUAUGUUUUCGAUUGAUUUGGUUCUCAAUCAAUGUUGUACAUAUACUUGUACAUAAUGCUAUAGACUCGUGCAAUUUGCAAUAUGAUCACACUAUUUCUAUUUAUGUGCUAUUUGAUGC